CAGACUGAAUGGUUGACCUAAAGCUCUGGCUCAAUAAGCACUUCUCUGCUAUCGGGUGCCCUACCCUAUAAACCAAAACGAGCUCGGCCGCGCCUCCCGGAUUGGUUCUAGAACCAGAAAUCAGAGUCGCUGCUGCUUCUUGCGUAGUUUCGCUGUUUGCUAAAACAUACAAGUCACGCACAAUAGAGUCUCAUCAACGCUUGUCUAAACGUUCAGAGCGAUGAUUGCGACUACUCGGUCCGCCCUGCCCGCUCGCGGCGCCGCUGCCAGCCGGGCCCUGCCCGCGCUGCCCCGCCGCGUGUCUGUGCCGGCACCCCUCCGGCUACAGCCGCUGCGCAGCGCCUCAGAGACCACCUCCACCACCGGUCUGAACGGCUCCGGCAGCAGCAACGGCAACGGCGCCGCCGCGGAGCACGCCCAUUCUGCCGCCGCUGCUGCCGCCCCUGAUACUGCUACUGCCGCCGCCGCCGCGGCCGGUGCUGGUGCCGCUACUGCCGUGAAUGAGAACUUCAAGGGGGACAUGCUGAAGCCGUCCGUGGUGAACACGCCCCUGGUGCGUGCCGCCGCCGUGCUGGCGGCUGUGGGUCUGGUGGCGGGCUCCACCGCGCUGCUGCCGGGGGCCGUAGGCGCCUUUCUGCACGUCACCGCGUACGCCAUCCUUCUGGGCGCUCAGCUGUGGAACACCUUCUUUGUGGGCAUCACCAUGUUCAAGAACCUGCCGCGCCAGACGUUCGGCAAGGUGCAGUCCAAGCUGUUCCCCCAGUACUUCGCGCUCACAGCGGGCUCCAACCUGCUGGCUCUGGCCACGCUGUGGCUGGCGGGCGCCGGCACCACCCCCUCCGGCUCGCGCGCGCUGGCGGCCCUGGGCGUGAGCCUGGCGGGCCUGUUGGCCAACUGGCUGUACCUGGAGCCCAUCUGCACCGACCUCAUGUUCCAGAGGUACGACAUUGAGAACCUGCCCGAGAAGACGGACGCGGACAAGGACAAGAUCGCGGCGCUGUACAAGCAGUUCGGCAAGUGGCACGGCAUCAGCAGCCUGGUGAACCUGGUGUCGUUCUGUGUGGUGGUGGCGCACGGCUGGUACCUGGCCAGCCUGCUGACGCUGUGAGUGUGAGCAGCAGGCGGAGGAGGAGGAGCGGCAUGGGGAGGAGGGGGAGGCCAGCCUGCUGACGCUGUGAGUGUGAGCAGCAGGCGGAGGAGGAGGGGGAGGAGGAGGAACGGCAUGAGGAGGAGGAAACCAGCCUGCUCACGCUGUGAGUGAGAGUGAUGAUGUGAGGGAUGAGGAACGGCAUGGGGCCCCAUACAUGAGCACGUCACGAUCAUGCGAGGCCACAAGCAUCAGGGGGUUGAGAGUCUGCUGAGGAGAGGAAAACGUCUGAUUGUGGGCGUUUGAGAGGCCGGCGAAAGUUUGCCACCGUAUCUUAGAAAUGGAAACUUUCUGCUUCGGAGGCCCGCCUGCAGCUUUGAGGCAGAGUCUGUGCCGAAAGCCGCCCCCGCUUUUGCCAUGGGUGCGGGGGAUGCAAGCCAUGCGGAGCUGUACAUACAUUCGUGCGUGCCGGGAGGCUGUCGAGAACUGAGGGCCGGCUGAACGAGUGGAGCGCUGUUUGUUGUUGAAAAUGUACGGAUUGUGGGAGACGUGGAGAGGUGUGGACGUGCUACAUACCGUGUUGACAUGUUGACGAGGGGAGGCCUCCGUACGUGGCGAGGUCGGAUCCGGCGAACAGCGCGGAUGUAGGUGGAAGACGGGACUGUCAGUGUCAGCGGUAGGUCAGACGGGCGGGGCAAGACGCAGCAAGACAGGCAGGGCAGGAGGCAGCCUGGCAUCGUUCACGUCGAUGGCGCUGUCUUGUUUUGAGUGGAGUGAGAGGUUGCUCAUGAGAGCUGACGCGUUUGGGCGCUGGGUGCGUGGUCGGGUGCGUGGGAUUGGGGAGUGGGGUGCGUGGAAGUCUCAGCUAUGGGGAUAUUUGGGAUGUUGAUGUGCACAUUGCUACAGGGGGCGCGUUUUUUCAAGCACGUCAAACAGCGCCAUCCCUGUCACUCCUGCACUUCAAACGUGUAGCACGUCCAACCCACAACCGCGUGCUUUACACACGCACGUGCCCCACAACACACCACGCACCUGCAGCAGUGUGGCGUACGGACGCCACCGCCGGGUGCGCCGCCGCCAACAGCGCCACCACCGUUGCAAAUUGUUUGCCAUC